AUGAUACCGUGGUCAUCCUUCGUUCAGAAGGCUCAGAGCCUGAUUGAUCCUGCCAAUUUCAACAUCCCCGCCCUAUCCUCUCCCGAUCAUAAUCCCUCCAAAGCAUCGCUGUUCCGGCAACAGUUCCGCCUCCCUGAUUCCCAGAACCCGCUCCAAGAGAUCACCGCCGAUCUCGUUCUCCCACUACCGAAUUCGUCGGCAAAUCAAGGAGAUGGCUCCCGCAGGGUUGACCGGGCAGGAAACACAUAUGCUGGGCGUCUGCAUCUGAGUGAACGUUUCAUCUGCUUUUCAACCCAGCCGACGAGCUUCAUUCCCUCUGCCACAGCAAGUGCCUCAACCACUUGGACCGGCCAAACCCACGGCACUGGGCCAUCUGGCAAUGGAUUCAUUCUCCCGCUAUCCUGCAUACGACGUGUGGAACGCCUUCAUAGCGCCAGCAAUGUUUUCUCCCUGGCGCUCACAACAUGGAAUGGUCUGCUCUAUAAGCAACAAGAACCCAACUUCGCCCCCCAACGCCUCAUAUUGCAGCUUGUCGGUAGCAGACAGGCCUGCGAAAGAUUCUGUGACACGCUGAAAAAAGGCCUGCGGGAAGGAAUGAAGGAGGUUGACAGCUUGCGGACCGUCGUCUCGGAUUGUUAUUCGGAAUAUCUGCUCUCAGGUGCAAAAGGGAAAGGACAAGAUGGGAAUGAGGCUGACACUCGUCAACCCCCGGAUGCGGGGCUGGGUUUGAUUUUCCGCUACCCUGGUGAUGCACGCAAGCUGCGUGAUCGCAGCAAGAUGAGACUUUGGGGCGAAUAUUUCAGAGAAAAUGGUCGCAAUGCUACGUUGGUUCGCCAACCAACCUUCCAUAAGCUAAUCAGAGUCGGGUUGCCCAAUCGGUUACGCGGAGAAAUAUGGGAGCUUACAUCCGGUUCUCUGUUCCUUCGUCUACACUCUCCGAUGCAAUAUCAACAGACCUUAGCCAAAUUUGAGGGACAAGAAUCCCUUGCUAUCGAUGAGAUUGAGAAAGAUUUGAAUCGCAGUUUACCAGAGUAUCCUGGUUUCCAGAGCGAAGAAGGCAUUGGACGCUUGCGACGAGUUCUCACUGCGUACAGUUGGAUUGACCCGGAGAUUGGAUAUUGCCAAGCCAUGAACAUUGUGGUUGCCGCAUUAUUGAUAUAUAUGUCAGAGGCCCAGGCUUUUUUCCUUCUUUCUGUGCUAUGUGACCGUUUACUCCCCGGUUACUAUUCAACAACAAUGUACGGCACACUACUCGAUCAGAAGGUGUUUGAGUCUCUAGUUGAGAAAACAAUGCCGGUUCUCUGGGAUCACCUCACAAAAUCAGAUGUGCAACUUUCUGUGGUAUCGUUGCCAUGGUUUCUCUCCCUCUAUAUUAACUCCAUGCCACUCGUCUUUGCUUUCCGUGUCUUGGAUGUGUUUUUCUUAGAGGGCCCAAAAGUCCUCUUCCAGGUCGGCCUUGCCAUUCUCCGAGUUAACGGCGAGGAGCUUCUCGAGACACAAGAUGAUGGAUCAUUUAUCUCUGUCUUGAAGUCAUAUUUCUCAAGACUGGAUGAAUCUGCCCACCCGAGAUCAGAGAAUCCCAAGCUGCGCGCCAUUACUAGAUUCCAAGAAUUAAUGGUUGUUGCCUUCAAGGAGUUUUCUGGCAUCACCCACAGCACAAUCACCGAGACGCGCGAAAAGCACAAGGGUGCUGUGCUAGAGAAUAUCGAGACUUUUGCAAAGCGUACUUCUAUCCGCAACCUUGGACCCGAAAGCAAACGCCUGAGCGUGGAUGAUCUUGGAACGAUAUACGAUCGCUUCUAUGAAACGUUGUACCAGUGGGAACAGCACCAGAGAGUUAUUGAGGAAGAGACAAGGCGGCAAGAGAGGAAGAAAUCCUCACGCCUUUCCAUGCUUGCUCCUCCGGCGGAUACCCAAGUUGGCCGUGUUGGUCUUGGACCUAGCCCUACACAUAUGGAUUAUGAUGCUUUCCGGGAGUUCUUAGCCGCCACAUCUAAAUGGGCGGUCGCCGACUCCCCUGGACCAUCGAGAAAAGAAUCCUCAUCAGGAAAAUCGGCAUUGUGGGCGAACCGCAGACAGCCAGCAGAUCAUGAGUUCAUGCAGCGCCUCUACCGCAAGUGGGCCACAGACCCCGAGGAGGGAUUGGAUCUCCAAAAUGUGGUGAAUGGUCUCGCCCGCCUGAAGGGGUCCCCCGACAUCAUGAAUAACAUCAACUAUUUCUUCGACCUGUACGAUGACAGUGGAAAUGGCCAGGUUGAUCGCGAGGGGAUCCUAAAAAUGUCCGAGGCGCUGUUGUUCCUCUCCCGCCGUGGGUUUGAGGGCACAAUCACGGCCACUCCGUCCGUGGAAAAUCUGAACUCGGGAGACCGCGACCAUGCCGAUAACUCGCUCACUACUGACGAGAAAUUCCUGGGUAGUGUCAGCGCAUUCAUCCGUCGCUGUUUCGAAUAUGCCGACCCCAGCCACCCAGAGAACCAAAAAACAGCCCAGCAAGAUGCAACGGCAGAGGCAACUGAAAAGCUGGACUCAUUUGCCAUUGGCGACGACGACGAAGAAGAAGAAGAUCUGAUUGAUGUUGAUGAUGUCAAGUCCACCAGCUCUCCAGCACCAGACACAAACCUUCAGUCAGCUAAGUCUACCACCGCCGAAUUAGAAAACAACGACCAUAACCGCUCUACAUCUGAGUCUGCCAACCCAGCUCUCGAUCCUAAUAACCCCCUGCAUAUCACUCUCCCUACUUUCCGAAUGGUUGUCCUGGCCGACGAACUUCUAGAGCAGUUCUUUGAAUCCUACUUUCCUCAAUCCUUCCAUCUCUCUGACCACCCUCACCCCGCGGCCCUGGCCGCAUCUUCCUCAAUGUCGUCCAACCUCACAACUUUCUCCAACCUCGGCAGCAUCCGUUCCUCCGGGCUCGCCGCCGGCUCAGCAGCCCCCGUCGCCGGCGCCUCAGGAGGCAUCGUCCCCCCAGGUAAGGGCCUACGCGGCGUUCUCGACAACAUCGUCUCAGAUGGAAUUCGCAUGGCAGCCGAAGUCAAAAAACGAAUGGACGAGGCGCAACGCGACCUCGAGCGCAACGCUCUCGGCCGCGAGGAAGAAGAAGACGAUGAUGACGAUGACGACUAUCCCCGCCGUGAGAGCAGUGCCGCUGCCAUCCCUGGUGGUACCCCCAGCUGGGGCGCUGGCGCAUACGGCGGUGAUACGGAGCGCCGUAGCAUCGUCCGUGACGCUGACCGUGACCUUCUUGAAGGAGCCGAGGUACUUGACGGCGGAAAGGAAGAGAGAACUUCUCUCUUGGACGGAAAUGCGGACCACGCUCCUCGCAAGGUCUCCAGCUCUGCAGCUUCUGCUAAGGGCCGUGGUUCUCCCACAGUCCGUGAUGGCGAGGUUAUUAGCAAGCUCGUCGAGUUUGAGUCAUGA